CGAACAAAAAUCAGUUCAAAUCUUCUACUGAACAGUUUACUUCGAAAGUGCAAAAUUCAAUUCGCAAAAUGUUUCGUUCAAGCGUUUUCGUUAUUUGUUUGGUUUCGGCCCUUGCCUUCAAUCUUGUCGAAUGUUCGAACUAUGCUUUGGGAUCGAAAGUCGAAUUCAAUUUUGUGCAAAAUUUAACCGAUUUCUUGGCUGCUUACCCGGGCAUUCAGUUGAAACGAUUGGCUAGAAAAGUGAGCUAUAAUGGACCAACCGCAAGAACUCAACUUACGCACCGAAUGGGCAACCGUAUAAGUGGUGAUCGACUUUUGGCAACCGAUUCAGCCAGCCAACAAUGGGGUCGACCACAAGAUGUAAGACUCAAUUUGAACUAUCCCAAAUCUGGAGGAUUUGGAGAGGUCAUCACCUAUCUUGAAGUCAUCACUGAGCAGAGCUCGAAUUUGGGUAGCGCUUAUAUCGUCUCGGGAGGAGUCGGAACAAGACGAAUCUCUGUUGUUAUUGAAGCAAAACAAACUCUCUACUGGCAAUACAGAGCAUCGAUUUUCGGCUACUAAACCCAUUGUGUACUAUUUCAUUCCAAUUACUGGCAUGUGUAAAAGACACAGUUUGUUCCAAAUGUUAAUUUCAAACUGGAGAAAAUAAAAUAAUUCACCAACGCAAACAUA